AUGAUCGUUUGGGUGCAGCUCCCGGCUUUGGAGAUACAUUUUUAUCACAAGGAGGUGCUCACAACAUUAGGAAACCUUAUUGGAAGGACCAUUAAGCUCGACUACCACACUCUGAAUCAGCAACGUGCGAAAUUUGCCAGAUUGGCCAUAGAGGUGUUGGGCAAACACCUUGUACCUCGGAUCUGGUUGGACGAUGCUUGGAAAAAGGGAAAGAGGAAUCUUCGCAUCCUCUACCCCGAUGUCGAAGCUAUUGAUCCAAGAAAGGAAUACAAGCAAUGGGAAAAAAUAGGUGAUGAAGGGGAAACCAAAGCCUAG